AUGGCUAAUACGGACCCACCAUCGAUACCACGGCUAUCGCCUAUCGGCUGGUCAAUCGACGAAGGUAGCGAUCUACAUAAUGCCGUAUUCGAUAUUGCAGAUGGAAUGCAUGAUUAUAUUGCAGAGAGUGAAAUCGAUCACAAGAAAACAGAUCAGCAAGUGACUCUACCAGAUGAUUCACCGAUCUUGGAAUCUCGAAGGCAGCUGCCGCCUAGCAUACAGCAACAAUGGCCACCACAGAAACAACAAGUCGUAUCAGAUCAAUAUCGUAAACCUCUUUUGGAACGCAGCAGCUCAGGCAGUCUUGCCAAUCGAUCUUUUGAACAGUCUACAAGUACGAAAGCAAACAAUAAAACUCUUGCUUCAAGAGAAUAUCCACCUCGUGUUGACAGAAGAAUGCCACGCACUAUCAAGAGACCUUCGACCAGCGAUGGAGCAUACUCUUGGCCGAGAACGGAAUCCAACACCGAAAGGUCAGUCUUAGCUGGAAGUACAAGCAAAGCUCGCGGAGGCAGUAACCGAAUCUCUUCUCGAGACACGGAUAGUGAUGUGGAUAUGAAAGACACAAAAGCUCAAAAUCUUACCGAACCCAAGCAAGAGCAAAAUUUAUCACGAUCGUCAUCCUUAUUCAAACUUAAACGACCUUUUCGUCGAAAAAAGGCUGCAGAAGAGGAUGAAGACGUGACUACUAUGCCCCAAGUGUUCCCCAAAGCAAGCAUACAAGCUGACUCAGACAUGUCUAUCGUCCCGUCUGACUCCGAUAUUGGUGCACAGCCUACCAAAUCUUCGAAGUCAUCGAAUAAUGGAAGCAGUUCCGGUCGCGGCUUUAGUGGCUUCAAAGAUCUCAUGCUCACUUCAUCACGCAAGUCAAACUCCAGCUCUCGCCACGAAUCAAUGAGCGGACAAAGUGGUCGUGCUUCCUCAGAUCUGGACAGCGUUGCGGCCGUUAAGCAAAAGAUGCCAGGCAAUAGACCAAACGGUAUCAGCAUCUCACACCAUCCGGAAAGACAGUACGAUGAAGGGACCCCGCAAAAUCGAAAGCUUUCCGUAUCUCCUUUACCAAAUUCAUCACUGGCGUCUUCUAGUGGUGGGGCUGGCGAAUCAAGCGGUACACAUUCCAACUUGGCAACACCGACGAGCAGUAUUCGAAGAAAAGUACGCCCACCACAAGCACAAGCGCCCAGUAUGCCCCUGCCUCCACCGCCUACUUCGCUUCCAAUCGCUGCUCCUGCAGUGGUGGUCGGUCAAUGUGGUGACCCGGCCGAUGAAGUUGAAGAUCUUUUGUUUACUCCUUCAACACAUAAAGCUCCUUCUCCGCGAAGUACAGAUAUCAGUAGCGACGGUAAUGGACGUGAUACGGUUAGAAAGGUGAAAUCGCAAUCUAGCUUAAGACUUUUGCGCAAGCCUUCGAUGUUGGUAAAUCUAAGGGCGAAUUCGUUCACGAAAGAACAACCUCCGGAAGAUAUCAGUCGAAAUAUGAUAGCUUCUCCACUAUCGUCAUCUCCAUCUCCUACGGCAUCCAGACGAAUUGCUAAAGAAAUGCCAUGGGAGAUCGUACAGCCUUCAAAAUAUGGAGAGAUCAACUCUUCUCCGGAGGUGGAACGAUUGUCGUUAUCGCAUACGGAUGAUUCGCGCGAGUUGACCAGCUCUCCUUCCUUAGAGGAGGCUCGACGAGCACUCAGUCCAUCCACGCCAGCAGAACAAGGUAUACCAACGUCCAAUGCACUAGCUAUACCCACAAACACCUACGCAAACGGACAAUCUGCUUCGCGUUUGGACAGCAGUGGUGGUGCAGCUGGCUUGUUUGGCUCUUCCGGGGGCAGCAGUGGCGGUAGCGGGUCUAACGUACGACCUCGCACCUCUUCCUUGCUGCCAUGGCGUUCGAGAUCUAAUUCUCAAGCCGCCCAUAGAGAAGGGAGCGUUAGUCCGAGUACCCCAUUCUCACGUUCGAUGGGAGAUGGAACAUUCUCUUCACAACAAUCUCAACCUCCAGCUCAAAAAGAGGUCAAAAAGAUGCACAAGCUUGAUAUUGAACAAUUUAAGGGCGAUUCCGAUGCAUUCGUUCGACAAGUGAUGAAAAUAUAUCCAAGAGAGGAUGUACCUGCUGUUCUCGCUUCGGCAAGUGAUGAUCUUCAUAAGACUGCAUUGCGAAUCUUUAUGCAAAGGUUCCUAUUCACUGGUCAUCCUCUCGACGUUGCCUUGCGGAAGUUGCUCAUGACUUUAUGUUUACCGAAAGAAACGCAACAGAUUGAUCGAGUUAUGGAGGCGUUUGCGCGAAGGUAUAAUGAGUGCAAUGAGAAUCUCUUCGAAAGCGACGAUCAACCUUACAUGCUCGCAUUCUCGUUGAUGAUGUUGCACACUGACACAUUCAACAAAAAUGCCAAACAAAAGAUGAGCAAAGCUGAUUACGUUCGCAAUACGUCUGCAUCAGGUGUGGCGACAGAGAUUUUGGAGUAUCUUUACGACAAUUUGACGUUUACUCAAUUCAUCUAUGUGGAAGAUGAAGCAUUUUUGCAUCGAAGAAAAAGCGAGAAUGAUACUACAGCAGCGUCUGUAUUUAAAUCAGCGUUCACAUCAUCAAGCAGUGCAAGCAAAGCACGGGUCGAUCCUUACCAUAUCAUCGUAUCCGGUCAAACGCACACUUUACGUCCUGAUGUUCAUAUUGAUGAAGAUAGCCCAUUCUCAGCAAAAGGAACGAAAUCGUCAUUUGACAUUGAAUAUUUGCUGCAGACAUUCACUAAUUCACCAUCUAUCGAAAUCAUCACUGCGCAAAAGACUUCAUUACCUCCUGCUACUGCUGGAUUUGGAGGAUAUUAUGCAACUUUGCCAAGCAUUUCCAAGGAUGAAGAAGCAAUUGUUACGCUACGAAUCACGAAAGUGGGCUGUGUAGGAAGGAAGGAUGAUAUGGAUGAUAAGAAGAAAUCUCAAUCUCGGAAAUGGAAAACGUGCGGUAUGAUAUUAUCGUCAUCUCAAUUGUUGUUCUUCCGAGACUUGGUCUGGACGAGCGCUCUAGAUCAAAGAAUUACAGAGCAGAUGGCAGAACAGCCAAACAAAGAAGGUGGUGUACUGAUCACACCUAGGAUUACCUAUUUCAAACCGGAUGGCGUCUUGGCUUUGGGUGAUGCGAUUGCUGUAAAGGAUUCGACAUAUUCCAAGUACAAGCACGUUUUCCGAUUGGUGACCAGACAUGGGGAUGUUAUGAAGCAAUAUCUAAUCCAAACACCAAACGAAGAAGAGAUGAAUGAUUGGAUACACAAGAUCAACUUUUGUGGUGCAUUCCGUUCAGCAGGUUUGAGAGUUAAUGGAAUGGACGUUUCGAGAGAUGCAUCAUAUAGCAAUCCAGCUAGUCCUGCAGGAGUGAAUAUCACGAAUGGCAAUCCGUCAGAUGUAGCAACGCCUUCAUCCUCCUCUUCUAGCGUUAUACCACCCAUGUCACCUAGCACGGUCACAAGCAUGAACUCUGGCGAAGAUCCGCCUACACUACGUAAAAAGCUGAAUGCUCGCUUCAGGCAAUUCAAGCCUGUCGUUGAAAAGAUGACAAAGAAUCUGGAAAAGCAUGAAAAGCUGUUGGACGAGAAGCUUAGGUUGGCACGUCAUUUGACGAUAGCCACUCCAUUUUCAAAGGUGACCAGAGAUCGAAUUGAGGGCAUUGCUACUGUUUUGGCACAAGAGAUUCGUCAAUUGCGUUUGGACGUCGCAAGGUAUGCUUGUAGACGUGAGAUUUUAAUUUUGGAGUUGGAAGAAGCGGAAAGAACAGCGAAAGCAAACAGUCCGCCUGGCGCAUUUGAUGGACACCAAUAUGACGAAGAUGAUGAUGCUUGGCAAGCGGCAACAUCUUUAUCUCUAACACCACGCGAUACCAGCAGCCGCUCAGGCUCUUUGUCUAUCAGUCGAGCCAGUUCUUUCUCUCAGAGUAGGUCAGGCUCCAAUUCUUUCGUUGGAGAUCCAAACGUUCCGGUACCAAAGUUACCUCCUCCUGCGAUGAGCUUUGGAACCAAAGCAAAUGAGAAAGCCGCAAAUGCAGAAAGUGAAAUGGCCACGCCAACAAUGAAGAUGAUUGGUUUGCAAGAGCCGUCAGCUCACCCGGAAAAAGAGCAUGGAAGUAUGGGACACCGAUCCAAAUUCCACUUUGGCACUUCUUCACCGUCCGCCAAACAUCAUCAUCACAAUUCACCCAACGAAGAAGCGAUGGAGAUGUGGGAUAGAACAAAGAUGGGAAAGAAUGAUAAACGGGUUAGUCUUGUUAAUUUACCCGAUCCACAUCAAUGGCAAGCUCUAACGCCCAGGUUAGCCAUGAAUGCAAGUUUAAUUCCAACGCCAACUUCAUCACCACCUCAAAAAGAUUCACACUCUUUUCAUCCACAACCAAGGACUGUUUUGAAUGAAGAUGUAGAGGAUUUGUUUCGGUAA